CCGCAAAGAAGAAACAACUCCUUCACUCACACCAAACAAGAAGAGGAAACUGUCUAAAUUUGAAAGCUUCAAGAUCCAAACCUACAAGCAAGGCUUCUUUUAGAGCUGAAAACUUUGCUGGUAGGAAGUUUGGGAGGAAGAACACCCGGAAAUAACAGGACUUCAAGAAAAAGAAAUUGAAACGAUGAAGAUAAAAGGAUUUAGACUAGCAGAACAUCCUGUUGGUGGUGAUGUUCUGGAAAUCUCCUAAAAUGUAGUUGUGUUUUGUAAAAAAUGUUCAUAUAAAUGUCUGGUGUAUUUACAGCAAUAAAUAAUGGAGCCUUUCAUGGUUUUGCUGUGAUUCCUGUGAAAUGUUGCUGUGUUGUAACAAACUGUUAACCAGAUGGAAAAAUUGAAGAGGAAAUGAAACUUUGAUCAUUGAGAUGUGAAAAAGUCACAGGAAAAACUGUAUUCUUGGGAUUCUAUUUGUCCAGAAUCCUAAGAAACUUUGGAUCCACUGACACUACUGCUGUACACUCUCAUUAAGGACGUGAUUUCGUCUCUAAAGAGGCACAGGAUGCACGAUCAGCAGUUUACUCACCAUCCGCUGCUGGUGCUGAACAAUUUUGGGAUGGAGGGCAUGCACAUCAAGCUGAUGGCUACCAUGUUUCAGAACAUGUUUCCUUCCAUCAACGUGCACAAGGUCAACCUGAACACCAUAAAGAGGUGUGUGUUGGUGAAUUACGAUUCUGCGUCACAAGAAAUCGAGUCUCGGCAUUACAGUCUGAAGGUGGUCCCUGAGGGCAUGAGUAAAGGCGUUAAGAAGCUCUUGCAGGAGAAGUUUCCCAACAUGAACAAGCUGGAGGAUAUCAGUGAGCUGCUCCUGAAAAAAAGGAGUCUGGAGGGAAUAAAGAGGAAACGGCAGCAGGAAGGGGCUGCGUCUGAUGACAGUGAAGUGGAGGAUCCUGGGAUGCAGGAGGAUCAGCCUGAGGCUGAGGAGUCAGAAGACGAGGCAGAGUAUUACAGACAGGCUGUGGGAGAGGAACCCGAUGAAGACAUGUUCCCCACUGCAAAGAGGAAACGUGCCCCAGGCAAGUCACUGAUGCCCUUUAAGAAGAGGAAACUGUCCAAAGCUUCUGGGGAAGAAAAAACAAACCGAUUCAAACCUACAGGCAAGGCUUCUUUCGGUAGUAAAAACUUUGCUGGUAGGAAGUUUGGCGGGAAGAACUCGGGAAAAAUCUCCGGAGGAGGCAAAGGAUUUAAAUCGGGAAAAAUGUCAGGGGCCAACAGCCGGUUUGGGAAGAGCAAAGGAGGAAAGAGGUUUGGAGGAAACCAGAGGGAAAGGUUUGGGGAGAAGAAAAGUGGCGCAAAGGGUUCAAUGGGGAAAGGACAAAGAGCAAAAUCGGGCUCUGCGUUUAAAGCAGGUCCGAGAGGAGGACAAGGAAAGAAAGACUUCAAGAAGAAGAAAGAGAAAAGGUGAAGAGAAAACAUGAGCCAGGCUCUACACUAGCAGGACAACCUGGUGGUGUUGAUGCCAGUCUGAACUGCUAACCAGCCCAAAGCAGCCAUGAAAAGACUGCAGUUUGUUGAAAAAUAUAUAUUUGUGCUUUGUAAAAAUGUUCAUAAAUGUUUAUUGCAUUUACAGCAAAUAAAUAAUGGAGUCUUUCAUAAUAUUGCUGUGAUUCCUACG